UUCAAACUAUACGGCAAAAGCAAGCAGAUUUUAUGAGGAUUGCGGGUUUCCCUGGAGUUGUAGGAACCAUCGAUGGCACCCAUGUACGCAUCAUUGCUCCAACUGUAAAUGAGGAGACAUACAUCAAUCGAAAAGGAUUCCACAGCAUCAAUGUUCAAGUCGUAUUUGAUGCCAAUUACAAGAUCCUCGAUCUUCUGCCAAAAUGGCCAGGGUCAACACAUGAUGCUCUGGUUCUUUCCCAGAGUGGCCUCACUGGGUUAUUCGAACAAAAUUAUGUUCGCCCUGGAUGUCAUCUGCUGGGAGACUCGGUUACCCUUUAAAACACUGGCUUCUCACCCCUUACAGAAGACCUCAAGGAGAACAGCAGCUCAAUUAUAACAGAGCACACAAAGUAACACGAGCCGUGGUGGAGAGAGGAAUUGAACAGCUGAAGAGCAGAUUCCAUGUCCUUCAUGGAGAGAUUCGACAUUCACCUGAGCGUGCUUGUCGCAUUAUUAUGGCUUGUGGCAUUUUGCACAAUAUUUGCAAAGCUCGUAACCUCCCAUUGCUUGAUGAUGAUGAUAAUGAUGAUGACGAUGAAAAUGAGGACCAUGGUGAUGAUGACAGUGAUCAUGAUUAUGAUGAGAAUGAUGACAAUACCACCGAACACACAUUACAAAGCAUUUCGGGGAGAGCAUCAUUCAUGGACUGCUUUGCUAACUCACAUUUUGGGGACUCAAUGUGAUCCUCAGUGGCUGCGCCCUGUGCAAAUCCAGUGUCUUGUGAGGAAGAAGGCUCAUCUGGAGGACACACGGAGAUGUCCUGAGAUGAUACAGGAGAAGAUGCAUCUGAUGGACCGGCUCCAGAAUUAUCCACACUACAUUCACAUGCAGAAAAUAUUAAACAGUGCAAACAUGUUUAUUCAAUUCAUUGUGGUGACUGAAAUACUAUCAAUUUAUUAAAAAGACACAUUACAUGCA